UGCGGCUGUACACACGACUCGGCAUCAUCAAGCGGACCGGGCCUGACGACUGGUUUAUUGUCGUUGCAUUGGUACUUAUAGCAUCAUGACCGCUUCUGUGUGCUCGCCUGGCUAUGACAUUGGGGCUGAUAUUAGUCCUCACAGUUCCUAGCGAUUGGUGCAUCUAUCGCGAUCGCGUUAGAGACAUACUGGGGUAUGGGGCUUCAUUCGUGGUUGGUGACUCCAGAUAUGCUGCGGCAGCAGAUGAAGGUACGCCCUCCUCUCUCCACCUUUGUGUAAACAUUAUGGCUAUAGCUUUGGCAAACCAUCUACAGGCGCUGUAUGCUUCCAUCAUCACCUACAACGUCGCAAACAAUGUCGUCAAGAUGUCCUUUGCUCUCCAGUACCGACGUAUCUUCGGCAGCAGCAGCCCGACCGCCGACCAGGUGUGCCGCUGGUUCUUCUUCUUCCUCCUGGUCUGGACUCCCACGCUGGCCACGUUGAUGGGCCUUGCCUGCCUCCCGCUCGCUUCCAUCGUGCCCAGCAUGGCCGGGAAGUGCCUCAACGCAGUGCCAGUGUGGUACACGUCGACGGUGUUGAACAUUGCCACCGACUUCCUCAUCUUUUCUGUCCCGCUGCCUUACGUAUACAAAUUAUCAAUGCCCACCAAGGAGAAAAUCCUCGUCCUUGGCAUCUUCUCUCUGGGGUUCUUCACCUGGACCAUUUCCGUCGUUCGCCUAUUCUACCUCGGUGCUGUCCUCGCCUCCACGGACCCGACCUGGGACAACGUCGAGCUGACGCUCUGGUCCGUGGCCGAGCUCAACUGCGGCAUACUCUGCGCCUGUCUCCAGACCCUGCGGCCGCUCUUGUCCAAGUUCAGGCUGUGCGCGCCAUAUUCCGGUUCUGAUAACCGCCGCUGUGUGCGCCGACCGUUGAGGGACAGGAUCUUUCUGGAGUCGGGGCCGUUUUACUACGAGGGAGUUAGCUAAGCGGCGAGGUGAGCAGAGUGUACGGUACUUGACUGUGCACAAUUCGCGGUACCUCCCGGUUCGCGAUUGCCUUGUUGACCAAGUUACGUGGCCAUACCCCCGACCCAAGCCGCCGUUUUGUUUUUCGCGGUCUUCGGGACAGCUGAAGAAUCCGCAUGGGGGGGUUGAUCUUCGAGGGGCCCAGGGCUGCAACAAAGCACGC